CGGAGCCGAGGGCCGAGAGCGCAGCGCCGGAGCGGAGCCGCGAGGAGCGCACGCCGCGGCCCCGAUGGAGCGGUUCAAAGCACAGGGGUGUUGCUGUCUGGUGGUGCAGAGAAGGAUGCUGCAGGUUUCUGCCUCCCUGGAGCAGCUGCUGACAGAGCUGGAUGACUUCCUCAAGAUCCUUGACCAGGAAAACCUGAGCAGCACAGCCGUGGUGAAGAAGAGUGGCCUGGCCGAGCUCCUCCGGCUUUACACCAAAAGCAGCAGUUCUGAUGAAGAGUACAUUUAUAUGAACAAAGUGACGGUCCACAAGCAGCAGAAUGCCGAGUCCCAAGACAAAGCGCCUGAGGAGCAGACCCCCCUGACCAACGGGGAGCCCGGCCAGCACUCCUCGGCCCCUCAGAAGAACCUUCCAGACCUCCCGCCACCCAAGAUAAUUCCAGAACGGAAACAGCUCUCCAUCCCAAAGAUCGAGUCUCCAGAGGGUUACUAUGAGGAGGCCGAACCGUAUGACACAUCGCUCAAUGAGGAUGGAGAGGCCGUGAGCAGCUCCUACGAGUCCUACGACGAGGAGGAGAGCAGUAAAGGCAAGUCAGCCCCCCACCAGUGGCCCUCGCCUGAAGCCAGCAUCGAGCUGAUGCGAGACGCCCGCAUCUGCGCCUUCCUGUGGCGCAAGAAGUGGCUGGGCCAGUGGGCCAAGCAGCUGUGCGUCAUCAAGGACACCAGGCUCCUGUGUUACAAAUCCUCCAAGGACCACAGUCCCCAGCUGGACGUGAACUUGCUGGGCAGCAGCGUGGUGCACAAGGAGAAGCAGGUGCGGAAGAAGGAGCACAAGCUGAAGAUCACGCCGAUGAACGCAGACGUGAUCGUGCUGGGCCUGCAGAGCAAGGACCAAGCUGAGCAGUGGCUCAGGGUCAUCCAGGAGGUGAGCGGCCUGCCUUCCGAAGGAACAUCCGAGGGAAACCAGUACAGCCCAGAUGCCCAGCGCCUGAGCUGUCCAAAACCAGAUAUCAACGAGAAGUACCUGUCCGCCUCGGAGUACGGAAGCUCCACAGAUGGCCACCCUGAGGUCCCGGAGACCAAAGAUGUCAAGAAAAAAUGUUCUGCUGGCCUCAAGCUCAGCAACCUGAUGAACCUGGGCAGGAAGAAAUCUACCUCCCUGGAGCCUCAGGAGAGGUCCCUCGAGACAGCCAGUUACCUGAACGUGCUGGUGAACAGCCAGUGGAAGUCGCGCUGGUGCUCUGUCAGGGACAGUCACCUGUACAUCUACCAGGACCGGAACCGGAGCAAGGCGGCCCAGCAGCCCCUCAGCCUGGUGGGCUGUGAGGUGGUCCCAGACCCGAGCCCGGACCACCUCUACUCCUUCCGCAUCCUCCACAACGGCGAGGAGCUGGCCAAGCUCGAGGCCAAGACUUCCGAGGAAAUGGGCCACUGGCUAGGCCUCCUGCUCUCGGAGUCAGGCUCCAAGACAGACCCGGAAGAAUUUACCUACGACUAUGUGGAUGCCGAUAGGGUUUCCUGUAUUGUAAGCGCCGCCAAAACCUCUCUGCUACUGAUGCAGAGAAAGUUCUCGGAGCCGAACACUUACAUCGACGGCCUGCCCAGCCAGGAUCGCCAGGAGCUGCUGUAUGAUGAUGUGGAGAUGUCGGAGCUGACGGCCUCGGCGGAACCCCCCGAGGAAGCUGCCCCUGCGACAGAUGCUCCGAGCGAGUCCGACCCCGACCGAGUAUACCUGGACCUCACGCCCGUCAAGUCCUUCCUGCACGGCAGCAGCGGGGUGCAGGCCCGGGCCCCCUCCCCCACGCCGCCCCAGCAGGACCCUCCGGUGGAGGCCCUCCCUGCAGACCCAGACCCCACCCCUGAUGAGCCCCUCGCAAAGUCUCCAGAGAACCCUGAGUUGCAGCAGGUGCAGCAGGAGAGUCUGGAACCUGAGGAGACUUCCCCUAGGCCGACAGCCGUCAAAAGCCAGACUGACCAGCAGAAAAUCUCCAUCCCACCAAGCUGCCCGGAUGCUGUGGCCAAUGCCCCAGCCGGGGCCAGCCCACCUGUGAAGGACAAGUUGAAGGCAACCAAUGCAGAGAUCAAGCUUGGCAAGAACAGGACAGAAGCCGAGGUGAAACGGUACACGGAGGAGAAGGAGAGGCUCGAGAAGAAGAAGGAAGAAAUCCGGGGGCACCUGGCUCAGCUCCGAAAGGAGAAGCGGGAGCUGAAGGAGACCCUGUUAAAGUGUACAGACAAGGAGGCAGUGGCCAGCCUGGAGCAGAAGCUGAAGGAGAUGGAUGAGGAGUGCAGGGUGGAGGAGCGCAGGCGCGUGGACCUGGAGCUCAGCAUUGUGGAGGUGAAGGAUAACCUGAAGAAGGCCGAGGCCGGGCCCGUGACGCUGGGCACCACCGUGGACACCACCCACCUGGAGAAUGCCAGUCCCCGUCCCAAAGCUGCCACCCCAACUCUGGCCCCGGACUGUACCCCAGUCAAUGCUGCCACUGCGCUCAAGAACAGACCUCUGUCGGUCAUGGUCACGGGCAAAGGCACCGUCCUCCAGAAAGCCAAGGAAUGGGAGAAGAAAGGAGCGAGUUAGGAAGCGAGCUUCAUCGCCUGUCAACAUGGACCUUGGGGACAAUCCUGCUUCCUGACAGUCUUCGUUAGAGCAGCAGCUCUGUGAAAGGGUGAGUCUGGUUACAAGAAGGAAGGAAGGACUGGGGUUCUGUGAAUGGAGCGCCUCAGCGGAGAGGAGGCUCUCCCCCUCUGCAGAGCCAAAGGAAGUAACACAACAAUGAAAAGGCUUCUCUCUCUCUCUUUUUUUUUUUUUUGGAGACCUAAGUCUGGUGGUUGUAAAGAAGACAUUGCUGUAUUUAGGGGUAUCCUGUGUUUCUUCCUUGACGGUUUCGUCAAUUGCUUUAUCAAGCUUUUUAAGUGAAAAGCUUCUGAUGUUGAGACUUUGGUGGACGAGAAACCGAGGUAGCAGGGCCCUGCUGCGCUGAUCACAUGGCUCUGGUGAUCGGGAAGAGGGAAACGCCUGGUUGUCAUCGCCUAUCCGAGUCUUCGCGGUGCCGGGGGUUAAACCGUCCUUGUCUUCAACUGUGUAAAACCAUCGUGGUUUUUUGAGAAAUUGCACGGGGAAAGAUAUUUGGGACCAAGCUGAGACACCGUUCCCAAUAAAUCAAGGACUUUUUUCCCAUCCUAAAGCAAGCCUGAAUCAAUUGUGUUUUUUUAAAAAAAUUGUUUUGCUGUAUUAUAUAGGAAAAAAAAUGUUUAAAAUCCUGUAAUUUAGAACAGUGAAAAGUGUCUUUGGAGAGUUAACUGACUUUUUACAUUAUCAUAGAAACAAGAUUACCCUGUGUUUACAGAUUGAGUCCUGUGGCGAGGCCAUUUUUAUAGAAGAGUUAGUUAUUUAAUAUAAUGCUCUCUUAGUCUCUGUUUUUUAAGUUGUCCUUAAUGUCCAGGACCUUUCCAAGGAAAAAAAAAAAGGGGGUGGUCUCUUUUCUUUAAUGGGCAGUGCUGUUCUUUGUGCUGCCUGUCCUUCUCUUCCGAUGGCGUUGUUAAUACAGGUUGAAAUGUGUCAUCUGUCAUCUCUGCCUCAUUUCUGGGGGUUCUGAAUCAGAGUUCUCUAUAACACUGGUUCCUGAGAACUAAAGGUCUUUUGAUUCUUAUUGUCUAAUCCCAGGGCAUUUAUUUCCUUUGUCAUAAACACUUGGUGUCCCAAGUGGUGAGUUAGAGUUGAUUUUUUUUUUAAUAAAAUGUUCGUUGUA